CAGACACAAGCAAAAGCAAAAGCAAAAUCACAAGCACGAGCACGAGCACUAGAACAAAGAAAAAUCGAGGGCCUUCGACGCCUGUUCCCCUUUGUCUCACUCCCCCCCAAAGAUAUCCCCGAGGCAUCGGGUGGGUCCAGAUCUCGGCAUUGACCCUGGUCCAAGGUUGUGUCACACAAAGGCUGCGAGAAGCUGCUUAGCAAACUCUGUAGAGUAGAAUUUACCAUCGCAUAAAUCUACUUUUCUUCUUCUCUUUUCUUUAAUACCAACACUCACGGAUUCUCAAACACUCUUCCUGCACUGUCCGACUGGCCUUGAUCGGAACAUUUAGGCACUGGUCACUGUGUCAGAUUUGCACUGCAAGACAGACCAUCAGUCAUGGGCUUCGAGGCAGUUGAGUACGCCGCAGGCUCCCCACCUGUGAUUCAAGAUUUAUCUGAAGCCCGAUGGGAACCUCUGUUUCACCAUGAAUGUACUUUUGACUCGAUCGCUUUCUUAAAAGUCAUGAUGAACUUGAUACGGAACCCGAACAUCAAUUCGUCAUGGCUUUUUCGAGCUGAUAUUUUGUACGAAAGCACUGCAGAGGCAACAACUGGUACACCGGAAUCUGCCAGAGCUCAGCCACGGCUUAUCCACUUCAAAGACUUCAUCGUGGACAAGAGCCUGGUACGAAGGCUCAUUCCAAGAAACACUCAAAGAGACCAGCCUCUAGAUCAGACAUGCAUCAUCUAUCAUGGUGGCCAAGGUGAGGCGGGGAAGACUCUGGUCGUAUACAACCCCCACGUCUCUUCUGAGUCCGAAAUUCCUUUCUAUCAUCCUAGAGUUCAGGCGCUGGCAUUCUUACAUGAGUGGAAUGCCGAGAUGGGUCAAGGCACCAUAUCUCUUCACUACCACUUCUAUGAACAUGAAGAUCGUGACCCGAAAUUGGCUAGAACAGCCCUGAACUUACUCACAGUACUACACAAGCAUGGCCAGGGUGCAGUUGCUGGCUAUGUCAAGCGGGUGCAUCACGACACUGUUGUCCCCCAAAUUGCUUUACAGACUACCUAUGCCAGACUGAAGCAGAGAUAUGCCCGGAAACUCAUCGAUUCUUGGGCAGAAUCGACAGAUCCUACCAAGCAUGUUUUCGAGGACUUUUGUAUCGCGGCGUUUCUCAUCGAACUAUGGGCUGAGAUGUACCGCGACAAGCCAUUCCCGGGAUUUGUCGACAUAGGAUGUGGUAACGGCCUUUUGGUGCACAUUCUUCGUCAAGAAGGUUACUCAGGCUGGGGCUUCGAUGCACGCAAGCGCAAAUCAUGGGAGAACUACAACUCGGAGGCCGAUGGUACCUCAGACCUAGAUGGCCACCCAAGUCUGAGACAGCAUGUCCUUCUUCCAUCCCUCAUCCACACAGAACCCCAGCAGGACAGCGUGCCAAACGACCUCGUUCAUGACGGACGCUUUCCUGCAGGCACCUUCAUCAUCUCGAACCAUGCGGACGAGUUGACACCGUGGACACCUUUGCUGGCGGCGGCAUCCAAGUGCCCUUUCAUCAUGAUCCCAUGUUGCAGUCACAACCUUACAGGAGCAAGAUACCGCGCGCCCGCACCGAAACAAAAAGACAAGUCACACUCAGCAUAUGCGUCUCUUGUGGUUUGGGUGGCGCAGAUAGCUGCGGAUUGCGGAUGGCAAGUGGAGACGGAAAUGCUCAGAAUACCGAGUACAAGGAAUACUGGUCUGAUUGGCAGGACAAGAAGUGAGGAGUACGACUCCAUUGACUUGGACGCGAUCAUGGAGAAGUAUGGUGGUACUCAAGGAUUUGCGGAAAAUGUUAUGAAGCUCGUAGAGCAGAAACCACGGGGUCAUUGACGUCCUCUUGUGUAUGAGCACGUAUAUUUCCAAAGACUCAUGGACAAGGGCGCAUGACGAACAGUUCGUCGGCCUUUCUUCACUAAAAAGAAGAAGAAAAAGCAUAAAUCUAUGAUGUCUUCUUUCCAUAUGAUCUUUCCUCAGCUAGGUAAUUACAAUGACGAACGCAGCCAGC